UCGGGCCCCGCCCGCUGCGCUCCCCGGCCGGGGCGGGCCCGGGCGGGCGCUGAGGCGGAGGAGCCGCCGCCAUUUCGGUGUCGCUGUGAGCGGGGCCGGGGCAGCGCUGAGGGGGCGGCGAUGGAUCCCGGAGCCCGCCCGGGCGGCGGCGGCGCCCCGGGGCAGUCCCGCGAGUACAAACUGGUGAUGCUGGGCGCGGGAGGCGUCGGCAAGAGCGCCAUGACCAUGCAGUUCAUCAGUCACCGCUUCCCAGAGGAUCAUGAUCCCACCAUCGAGGAUGCCUAUAAAAUCCGGAUCCGCAUCGACGACGAGCCUGCCAACCUGGAUAUUUUGGACACAGCAGGACAGGCAGAGUUCACAGCCAUGAGGGACCAGUACAUGAGGGCAGGAGAAGGUUUCAUCAUCUGCUACUCCAUCACGGACCGGCGCAGCUUCCACGAGGUGCGCGAGUUCAAGCAGCUCAUUUACCGCGUGCGCCGCACCGACGACACCCCCGUGGUGCUGGUGGGCAACAAGUCUGACCUGACCCAGCUGCGCCAGGUGUCCAAGGAGGAAGGCUCUGCCCUGGCCAGGGAGUUCAGCUGCCCCUUCUUUGAGACGUCGGCCGCGUUCCGCUACUACAUCGACGACGUGUUCCACGCGCUGGUGCGCGAGAUCCGCCGCAAGGAGAAGGAGGCCGUGAUGGCCAUGGAGAAGAAAUCCAAGCCCAAAAGCAGCGUCUGGAAAAGACUCAAGUCCCCCUUUAGGAGGAAGAAGGAUUCAGUCACUUGAACAGCAACUUCCUCUGCAGAACAGGACAAAAGCUGUGACCUUUUGUAGGCAGAGGAGCUCGGUGAUGAUGCUGAGGGGACGUGUGACACCUGAGGGGACUUUGUGAGGGAGGGAAUGCCCAACCCUGCCUGUUGUUUUUCUUUAGAACCCUGUUGCCUUGAUUCUGGGUGUUGAACUUCACACCCAGGGACAGUUGUACUUUGUUUGUUGUCAUUUGUUUGUACUGGACCCAGCAGGUGUUGGCCAGCAAGGCCCAUGGGUUGGUGGCCCCGCACUUUGGAGUGUUUGUCCUUGGUCACAGCGCCCUGGGAGCUGAACUGUGCAAAACAUUCCUGGAGUUGGACCCAGCCUCACUGAAUCUGUGGUUUUCCCAGUUGGAAAAGGGGAUUUUGCUGCUCUCCACAAUGACAGCCCACAGUGUGAGAGGCUGAACAAAGUGUCAUGG